AUAACAUGCAUACCUACCAAAAUCCACCCAAGCAUACGGGCACAUGAUAUGAUCGCAAAGAAGACUUUGUAAAGAAACAAAGGAAAAGUAACUGGUGUGAUUUUACCAAAAAAAGUAACUAGUGUGAACAAAAAAAACUAUUUUAAUAAAUUAAUCAACAUGGAUUAGAGUAAAAUAAAUUAAAAAAUGAAGCGAACUAAAGUGAAAGAAGAAUAUGACAAGCUCAUAUAUAUAUAUAUUCCUUUCUUUUUCACCACGUCGCUUCAUUAUUAUUAUCGUCUUCUCUCCCAAAUCAAUAUCAUCUUCUCUAGUAACCUCUCCUUCUCUCCGUCUCUUCAACCCCGCGUAUUCUCACUGGAACAGCUGAAUUUCAUAUUAAUGGUGAGCUUAACGAUGGAAGAGAAGCAACUAGAUUUAAACCGGCCGCUUCUAUCAGUUAGAAGACCUACACAAGCUUCAGAGACCGAGAUCAAAACAAGAUCUUCUGAUUCAGUAACCAACAAGAUCCCUCCUGCUUCUCCACCGGUUUACAAGUCUGAUAGUAAGUCAGGUCCUGUAAGGAAUCCAGGAACCGUUCCUUUUCAGUGGGAACACAAGCCAGGAAAGCCAAAAGAUGAAACCAAACCGGAUUUACAAAGAUUUGUUGAGCCACAUUAUGUCCCAAAGCUUCCUCCUGGGAGAGUUAGAGUGAUGAAACCUGACACUAUACCUAACCAUGUGGAGGAUGCAAAGAGUUGUGGUUCUCGGUGUGAAGAUGAUGAUACUUAUCUUGAUGCAGCUGAUAUGCUUUCGAGAUCUGAGUCAUUUUUCUACAACUGUAGUAAUGUUAGUGGUCAUGGGACGCAAAUGGAGCCAUUUGGAAGUUUGUCUAGUGAUAGACAAACACAGGAUCUAAUGAUGGGGAGAUUCUUGCCUGCAGCUAAAGCCUUGACUUCAGAGACUCCUCCUCCACAUCUUUCUAGGAAGCCUCCUAAACCAGAGGAACCGGCAAAGGUAGUGGUGGUUAAGGAGAAACAGAACAAGAGAGGUUCUUUUGGAGUAUUGAAUCCUGUUCCAUCUGUGAGAACGCAAGUACAGAGAGGUGUUUCUGUUCGUCGUAUGCGUUCUAAGUAUAAAGACUCUAAUGAGAGCCAGAACAAGAACAGUGAGCAUGUGAAUGAAGAUAAGAUGAAGUUAUCAGUCUCUGCUGCUCCAGAUGCAAAGGAAAAAGUUGAAAAAUCUUGCACUUCUGCACGCACUAAAGUCAGCAGAAACUUUGGUGAGCUCUUAGCUAGUGAUGAUCAUGCAUGGAAACCUUCUUCAGAAGCUCCUGUGGCUGAGAAAACUCUGUAUGUAGAUACUGUGCAUUCAGUUGACAAGAAGGUACAAGAAGAGUCCAUGGAGCAAUUUUUACUAAAAGAAGAAGUUCAGAAGUUGCAUGGACCUGGUGAAGAAGCUACCUCGCAGGGUAAAACCACUGAGCAAAGUGUUAUAAGAGAUGAGGCUUUCACAAAAUGCACAGAUCAAGCUAAUGUUGCAGUGCAAGAAUCCAAUGUGGUAGUGGAGAUUACAAAGGAGAAGAUUGAUCUUGAAGUCAAGUUGCAGAGAAACACAAGUUCCAGGCUUCAACAUCGUUCAACUUAUCAUAUUAUGCCACCACCACCAUUACCAAAAGCUCCUUCAGAUUCUUGGUUAAAGCGUACGUUGCCAACAAUCCCUUCAAAGAACAACUCAUUCACAUGGUUACAGUCUCUUGGCGCUUAUGAUAAUAAUAAGAUUAAUCAAGCUAAGCCCAAGUGGGAAACUAUGGUCAAAACCUCUAAUACACAACAAGGGUUUGUGUGCUUCUCCAAGGAGUCACUCAACCCUAUACCAGAGGCGUAGCAAUACGACCUGUUACCAAAUUAAUUGUAAAUUUCAACAAUAAAGAAGAGACGAGCCAAUAAAGUUUGGGGGUUUAGUGUAAAUCUUGAAAUAAUAGGUUCUUUUUUUUUUUUAAGGUUCUAAAGAGGAAAGAUAUGGAUGUAUUGUUUGUCACUUAUUGGAGGUUUCUUGUUGAAGUGAUGUACAGCUCAUGUAAGCAGAGAUUUUGUGGCAAUAAUACUCCAUAACUCUACGUGACACUAUUUCUUUGGCCCUUCUUUAUAUAUAGACUUUUUUUUUGUUCUUUUGUAAUUAUGUUUCUGUAAUGUAGAGCACUGGAAAGGAAACCUAAAACCUGCAGAACUGCAUUGAAUACAUUACCGUAAUGGUUACUAGCUAGAUCA